AUGGAAGCAGCAAAGAACGUUGCCAAGGCCGCAACGAGCAGCGAAUCCCAAUUCGAGAGUGGCCAUAAAGUGCCUAUUACUCAUCAGGACAAGCCGGGCCUGCAGCAAAACCUGCCCGUAAAGCCUGCUUCUACUCAGCUGCCCCGAGAGGAUGGUGGGUACCAGACCUAUAGGGCCGCGGGGAAGCUGAAGGGGAAGAAUGCUCUCAUCACUGGCGGCGAUUCGGGCAUUGGCCGUGCGGUCGCAAUCCUCUUCGGCAUGGAGGGCGCCAAUGUCACUAUCGGUUACCUGCCCGAUGAAGAAGACGACGCCCAGGAGACCAAGCAACGAGUCGAGCAGACCGGUGCUCAGUGCUACCUCUUCGCCACCGACCUCAGGUCCCAAGAAAAUUGCCAGAAGCUUGUUGAUUUCACGCUCGAGAAGAUGAAGCGCGUCAACAUUCUGAUCAACAAUGCUGCAUUCCAACAGGUUAUCUACGGCAUCGACAAGCUGUCCUACGAUCAGUGGCACAAAACUUUCGAUACCAACAUCCACCCGUACUUCUAUCUCGCCAAGAUGCUGCUUCCGCAGAUGGAGGCCGGAGACACUAUUGUCAACAAUGGCUCCAUCAACGCUUAUAUCGGCCGCCCUGAUCUCCUCGACUACACUACCACCAAGGGCGCCAUUACAUCCUUUACCCGUGGCCUGGCAAAUCAAUUCGUCGAUAAGGGCAUCCGCGUCAACCAGGUCUGCCCCGGACCAGUCUGGACACCCCUUGUUCCUGCGACUAUGACGAAAGAAGCACAGGACGGCUUCACCUCUCCGAUGGGACGACCUGGCCAACCCAGCGAGAUCGCAACCUGCUUCGUUUUCCUGGCCAGCCAGGAUAGCAGUCUGAUCACCGGACAAUCAUUGCAUCCCAAUGGUGGUGUGGUUGUGAAUGGUUGA